AUGUUCAGAGCGGUGUUUGGAAACAGGAGAGAGGGAGGAGGGAAACGGGGAGAAAAGAAGAGCCAGAGACAUUCAGGUGUUGAGGUGCACACUCACAGCACCCUGCAGAGAGGCAGCGGCGCCGGACGGGCCCGACGCCACCAGGAGCACGACGGCAGCUACGCCGACAGCUCGGUCAAACCAAAGAGACUGACCAGGGGCGCGUCCAUCUCUCUGCCGUCCUCACCUCUUCUCCCUCGCCAGGCCGACUUGGCCCCCUCUCACUCGUGCAUCAGGUUCCAAGGACGGGUAAAGAAGCUUGAGUAUGUGGAGGGCUCUUCCAGUGCGAGGGAACCUCUUGUCUUCGCCUCGUGCCGUGGCAAGACGGACCACAGAGACCUCCACGUGGAGCCCCAGCUGGGCCCCUCCCUCUCUACCCAGGAACUGAUGACCAGACUAUGCUUCUUAUUGGGAGAAGCGACGCCGGGCACUGCUAGCUCUCCUAUGGAGGACAGGAGGGAAAAGAAGGGUGACACCUCUGCCCAGGGGGGGAGUCCCAGCUCCACUCUGACCUGCAGCACCACCUCCCCCUGUUCAGACAGCCCCACCUCCACCUUGAGCACCAGUGCUGGAGGCCCACAUCUGCCCCAGCCUUUACACCUACCCUCACCCCAGUGCGGCUCCAGCACCAGCCCCAGUGGAACCCUCUCCAGCCCUGGACCCAGCCCGGCCCCCGGUGCUGCUCCGGGACCCCUCACCUGGAGCAGCCCUGGGCCUCCCUCUCAGAGCCCCACCUCCACCCUGGAGAGCAAGGACAGUGGAAUCAUAGCAACCAUCACCAGCUCCUCUGAGAAUGAGGAGCGCAGCGCCUCCAGUGAGUUCCUGACGAAGGACGAGGGCCCGGUGGGCGGGGCCAGUGUAAUGGGCCGUGUGACCGAGGACCGCCACGCCGGGCCCACCAAGGACAAUCUGACCGCCCACCCAGAUGAGGCCUUACCCAGGAGUGACAUCAUGGAGCCCAGGACGCCACCGGCUCCGAAGAGGCCCCUCCCACAGCACCACGUGCACAGCACUUCCUCCCUCGUGAUGCCUCGGCCUAAUUCUGUGGCAGCGACCAGCUCCACUCGACUGGAGGAUUUGGGUUUUCUGGACCAUCAAAGAGCCGCAGGACACCGGAGCUCCGUCCGCAAACACUGCACAGCCGGACGCACGAGUGAUGACUCCAAAGGGAGGCUGGUGGCGUUCAGACAGGCCGACAUCAUGCUCAAGCCGCUGCUGUUCGAAGUUCCCGGCAUCACCCCGGAAACGCCCUUCGUCGGACGGGAUUGGCUGUUCACGCGUCUGGAGGAGGUCCUGAGGAAGACCAGCAGCUGCGAGGGGCGUGGCGCUGUCGUCGUGGGCAACGCAGGAUCCGGCAAGACGGCCAUCAUCUGGAGGCUGGUGACGCUCAGCUGUCACGGCAUGCGGACGCCACAGGGGGGGCCCAGCAUCCCUCACAGCCCAAGCUCCUCCCCUAAAUGUGGGGAGAAGUCGGGUAAAGGCUCCAAACAGCCAGCGGAGUCCCAGCCCAACCUGAGUGCUUCUGCCGGAGCGAGCGAUGGUGCAGCACAGAGGAAGGAGACUGUCAGAAGCCUCGCCGCCAAGGUGGUCGCCUACCACUUCUGUCAGGCCGACAACACCUACACCUGCCUGGUACCGGAGUUUGUGCACAGCGUUGCCGCCCUGCUGGCCAGAGCGCCACAACUCAGCCCAUACAGGGAGCUGCUGGUUCAAGAGCCUCAUCUGCAAAACACACUCAGCCUGAGAUCCUGCGUCCAGGAUCCCAUCGCUGCCUUCCGGAAGGGCGUGCUGGAGCCCAUGGCCAGCCUGCGCAAGGAGCGGAAGCUGCCUGAAGACGACUACAUCAUACUGGUCGACAGCCUUAAUGAGGCAGAAUUCCACAAACCAGACUAUGGAGACACCAUCGCAACCUUCAUCACCAAAAUCAUCUCCAAGUUUCCACACUGGCUCAAACUGGUGGUCACAGUCCGGACAGGCCUCGUGGAGAUCACCACUCUCCUUCCCUUCUCUGGCAUCUCUCUGGACAUCCUGCCAGACAGCAGUGACCUGGGAGCCGACCUCAGCGACUACAUCCAUCACCGGGUCAGCAGCAGCACCCAGGUGGCCUCCAACGUCACCACGCCAACAGGCUCUGCCCCGGAUCCGCUGAUCCUCAGCAAGUUCAGCAGCCACCUGUCAACACGCAGCCACGGCUCGGUCCUGUACCUGCAGCUGACCCUGGACCUGUUCCACAAAGGCCACCUGGCUCUGAAAGGAGGAAACUACCUGGUGGUGCCUGUCUCCCUGUCAGAGGUGUACCUGCUGAUGUGUCGUGUGAGCUUCCCGGAUAAAGAGCUCUUUGAACGGAUUCUCCCGGUGCUGAAUGUGGCGCUGGCUUCUCUGCACCCACUGACUGACGAGCAAAUGUUCAGGGCGCUGAAUGCAGGCUGUGUGAGGGGGGAGCUGGAGUGGAAGGACUUCCAGCAGAGAUUAGACAGCCUGGCUGGAUUCAUGGUCCGACGCAGGGACGGCACACGGAUGCUGUGUCAUCCUUCCUUCAGAGAGUGGCUGGUUUGGAGAGGAGACGGAGAGAGCACGGACUUUCUCUGUGAGCCGAGGAGUGGCCACGCCCUCCUGGCCUUCAUGUUCUCACGACAGGAGGGCAAAUUGAACCGGCAGCAGACCAUGGAACUGGGACACCACAUCCUCAAGGCUCACAUAUUCAAGGGGCUGAGUAAGAAGACGGGCGUGUCCUCCAGCGUCCUUCAGGCCAUGUGGGUGAACUGCAGCACCGACAGUCUGUCCGCGGCUCUGGCCUCCCUGAGGAACCUGUACACACCCAACAUCAAGGUAAGUCGCCUGCUGAUGCUGGGUGGUGCGAGUGUGACCUGGUGCACAGAGGUGGUGGGCCGCGCCCCCAUCCUGGCCGUCCACGCCCACCUGGGCCACGUGGAGAUGGUCGCCCUGCUGCUGGAGAUGUGUGCUCCGGUGGAUGGGACCACCGACAGCGGCAUGACGCCCCUCUGCCUGGCCGCCGCCGCAGGACACGUGGACAUCGUCAGCCUGCUGUGCAAGAAAGGGGCCAAGGUGGGCCACGCUGAUAAGAAUGGCCAGUGUGCGCUGGUCCAUGCUGGGCUGAAGGGCCAGGCAGAGAUCAUCAACAUCCUGCUGGGCCUGGACUGGGGAGCGGAGAGCAACACUGACCCGCAGCCGCCCGGCAGCAGCGAGCCGGAGAACGGGAAGCCGCAGGCAGCUCAGCAGGCGCUCACGGCUGCAGCCAGCGUGGGACACACACAGGUGGUGAGGAGCAUGCUGGACUUGAAAGAUGAACAGCUGGCAGUGCAGAUGGACGCGCACGACUCUCUCUGGGGAGAAACGGUGCUGAGCGCGGCGGCAGGGAGAGGGAGGAUGGAGAUCUGUGAGCUCCUGGUGGAGGGGGGGGCAGGGCUGGAGAUACCCAACCGCAGAGGAAUGGUCCCGCUGCUCAGCGCCUCCAAACACGGACACACACAGGUUGCAGAGUUGUUGCUGAAGCAAAGCGCCGACAUCAACGUCGGUGACAAGCAGGGGCGCACCGCACUGAUGCUGGCGGCCUCCGAGGGCCACACGGCCACCGUGGAGCUGCUGCUGUCAAAGGGGGCGUCUCUGGCCGCCACCGAUCAGGACGGGCUGACCGGCCUGAGCUGGGCGUGUCUGAAGGGGCAGAAAGGGGCGGUGCAGCACCUGGUGGAGGCCGGAGCCGACCUGAACCAGCCGGACCGACAGGGGCGGACUCCUCUGGACCUGGCUGCUCUGAACGGGGAUGCAGACACAGUGCAUUGCCUGGUGGAGAACGGAGCGGUGCUGGAGAGAGCCGACACCACCAGCACCAGAGGAUCGGACCGGGCCAGCGGCUGCCAGAACCCGGCCCUGGUGGCCUCGCUGCUGAAGAAAGGAUCCAAAACAGGCUACAGAACGUCUCUGCAUGAUCGAUCAGGUCACGCUACGUGGGCCAUGGCGUCUUCCAAACCAGACAUUCUCCUCAUCCUGCUGCAGAAGCUGAUGGAGGAAGGGAACCUGCUUUACAAGAAGGGACGCAUGAAGGAGGCGGGCCAGCGGUACCAGUACGCCCUGAGGAAGCUGCCACGCGAGGGGCAAGGAGACGAGCUGAAAGGGCUGAAGGAGCUGCGGGUCUCCCUCUAUCUCAACCUCUCCCGCUGCCGCAGGAAAACCAACGAUUUUGGUUUAGCUGAGGAGUUUGCAACAAAAGCCUUGGAACUCAAACCCAGGUCCUAUGAAGCACAUUAUGCCAGAGCACGCGCCAAAAGGAGCAGCAGGCAGUUUGCUGCGGCGCUGGCCGACCUCCACGAAGCAGCACGACUCUGCCCGUCCAACCGGGAGAUCCGGCGGCUGCUGUCUCGGGUGGAGGAGGAAUGCAAACAUCAUCAGAAGGCAACGGCAGGCGCCAACUCCACGCAGGGUUACAACAGGGACCUGUACACCCACCACCAUGAAGGCCCCGAGGAAGAGACUGACGCCUAUUCACAGGGAAGUCUCGAGAGGCAGGUCCCCGGGGAGCACGCUGAUGUCGAGAAGGAGGAAGAGAAGGAGGAGGGCGAUGAGUUCAGUCUGCCCUGUGGGAAAAGCCCAGAUUUUUGGCCUCUGAAUCCGUACGCUGCGAACAGGACUCUCCCUGGAGGUGUGGCCUUUGCUUUCACAGAUCAGGUGCCACAUUUCCCUCAGGAGGAGUACGUACAGAACCAGCUGUUUGUGGAGUUGCCCGAGCCCGUUCCUGCGAUGAACAGGCAGAGCCAGAACCACGGCAGCAGGACUCAUCUCCACUGCCACUCCCUGCAGUCGGGGGGCAGAGUUGGGGGCAGGCCUCUCUCUCUGUGCGGCCCCUCCAGUCCGCUGCCGGGCAGACACAUCUCCACCUCCCUGAGGCCCGUGCCAGUGCUGGGCAUCGACAUCGGCCCGGGAUCGGUCAACGAACACUGUGGCCACAGCCCCACUGAGCUGUACCACCCCAUGUCCCCCAGCAGCUCCUCCCCCCCCGGACCUCUGCACAUGUACCAGCCCCGCUCGUCCAGCUUCUCCAGGGGGUCCGACAGACUGUCCACUCACUCCGGGGGUCUGGACGGCCUGGCCCUGGCCCUGGGCUCCGGCAUGGAGGUCAGGAGGGAGAGCGGAGGGGGGGGCACGGCCGGCUCCAGGGGCUCCAGCUCCAGUCAGGCCUCCAGUGGGAACCUGUCGGACGGCGGCAGGCAGCAGGUGCUGGACGCUCCGUGCCCCAUCAAGAGCAGUGGCAGCUUCAAAUCCAAACCAGAGCUGAAGCCCCGGCCUUUCAUGGGAGUAAUGGACAAGUCAGUGCGAGUCCAGGGCCAGCAGACGUCCGGCCGGCAGGGGCAGGGAGGAGGGCUGGAGAGCUUCAGCAUGUCCGUCAUGGAGUUCCAGGGGUUGAACAAUGACUUCAAGCGCGCCUCCUUUCAGGAGCAGCUCUCUGGGAGUCAGGUGAGCAGCCAGCGGGAGGGCCGCGAGUACGGGGAGCGGCUGCACCAGCGGGAGGCGAGAGGCUCCACCUCCUCCCAGCUCCGCUUUCCUGACGGGAGGCACAGACAGGCGAGCCUCACCAGGGACAACCCGGCUCUGCACAUGGCUCCCAUCAAACCCAAACGCUCAUUUAUAGAGUCUAACGUCUGA